AUCAGCCACACGGAAUCAAAACAAACCGAGCAGCUGAAGUGGGGCAGGAGCUAGCGAGCGGAGAGGAGGAGGGUGGCUGAGGUUCCCAGUUAACGGCGAGUCCCCUCUCGCACCUGCUGAAAAAUCCUUCCCGUAAAGUGCUGAUAAUCUGUGACCGGAUCGGUGCUGGUGCAACUGGUGGUGCGGAGGGAAGGUAUAGAGGUGAUGGGAUGAAGACAUUGGCUGCUCCUGACUGGGAUUGACGUUGAGUUCUAAGUUUUAUUUCCAUUACCGUGAUCCUCCUGCUCUUAGUCAGCGGUUGCUGGCGAGAAGGAUUUGGGCCCCGCCGAUCGCAGUAUUCAUCAACAUUUUGUCCCUGUCCUGUGACACCACUCUCAGCUCGGACAUGCCACAGCCCAAUGCCUGUGGGAUGGAACCUGCGUUUGGGGAUGCUUUUAGAAGCUGCACCUGUUACUCCUCCGAUCAGACUGUUGCCAGCCCAGACAGCAGCCCAGACUCCGGCUUCCUGUACGAGCAGGGGCGGCAGUUAGCUUACACGAACAGCUCCAGGAAUGACCUGCUGAGUCUGAACUUGUACAGGAGCCCGAUGAAGGAGAACAUCGAGCUGCUGAGCGACCUGGUGGACGACGAGCCCUCCAACAGCAGCAGGUGCGAGCGCUGGGACGUGUCGGCGCUGGAGGACUUCACCAAGUACACCAAAGCUGACCUGUGGAACAACAAGGAGCUGGACUUGCUGGGCCUGGACAAGAACCCCAGCCCUUACCAGAACGAGGCCAGAGUUGCCCAGACGCCCACGCUGGCCGAACUCAAUGCGGAUGACUCCCAGCAGGUGGCUGACUCCUGGUGUUCCCUGCGGGCUGCCAGGGAGCUUUCUCCGUUCUCUACCAGGCUCGACAUUGUCCUGAGGGCCAUGGAGGCCCCGAAGAAGUGCAACUCUAUGGAUUUUUUAAUGGAUUCUGACUUCCACUCGGACGGUGUAUUCUUCCAGAGGAGGGAAGACCAACUUGGCCUCUUGAAAAGUGUCGUGCCCAGUAACAACACAACAGGACCCAGGAAUGUUGAAGCUCCCCCAAGAUCUGGUAGCCAACUGCUCCCUGACCAAACAGCCCCGGUGGACUCCGCACCAGACCGGGACGAAGGUGCUACUCGGGACAGGACAGGGCCGAGCUCCUGGAAGCAGCUCAGGUGGCCGGCAGCCGCGGAGCUGAGGGGGGCAGGGGCGGAGAAAGCUGCCGUCGAUAACGGAGACGGCCGGAUCUUCCCUGCCUGGCGGCUGAGUGGCGAGGCCGGACCGGAGUCGAGGGCCGAGUUGAAGUACGAGGAGCACAACUACUCGCUGUUCAGCGCAGAGAGCCUGGGAUUGCAUCCGGGUGAGGACCGACUAGAGCCCGAGGAUUGUUCGGACAGCGAGCAGGACGAUAGCGAGAAUGAAGAUGAGGAGGAGGAAGAUGAUGAAGAUAAGGAUGACUUCAGUGAUUACCUUUCUGAAGCAGGAAACGAACAAGAGAUUUCUGCUGACGUUGCCUCGGAAACGGGCGUUAGGAGACUGAAGCGGCGUUAUUUCUGGGAGUACAGCGAUAGCCACAGCACGCCCAGCAAGCAAGAACGUACCCUGCAGCCCUCUGAGUGGGACUCCUCCACGUUGCCCAGUAAUGUUUACCAAAAGGAGAAUGGCGUCGGACAAGGGCGGAGAUUGGCGAAAAAGUCGCGCCGCACCGAUGUCGACGACCUAACUCCCAACCCGCGCAAGCUGCUUCUCAUCGGAGACGAACUGAAGAAGCUGAAAAAGGUAAUUGAUGAUCUCCGGCCAGUGAGUGAACUGCCGAUGAACGCCAGGCCGCGAUCCAGAAAGGAGAAAAAUAAACUGGCCUCUAGGGCCUGCAGGUUAAAGAAGAAAGCCCAGCAUGAAGCAAACAAAAUCAAACUCUGGGGGCUCAAUACGGAGCACGAUAACUUGCUCCAGGUGAUUGUGGCGAUCAAGCGGCAGAUUGUGCAGAGGGUGGAGAGCAGUGAUGGGUCGGAGGGGGGGAGCAUGACUGAGAAACUGCAGAUGCUGCUGAGAGACACCAUCGGGCGAUCGGUGGCAGGGCAGACGUCAGAGUUCGUAAAUGAGGUGCUGGAGAAGGCGUCGGCGGGAGAACUUGGCAGCAGCCUGAGCUGACCUGUUACCCUCUGCCCGGAAUCUGUGCUAUGAGAGCGUGGUCUAAUUAAACAGCGACAAGGCGGGGACUUGAUUGCUGGAGAAGACGUCCUCCCUCCCCUCAGCGUCCAUCUACUUGCUGCCAGCCUUUAUUUUUCCUUUUGUGGGAGGGUGUGCUUGUCGUGCUGGCCUUCCUCCUGAUAACCUUGCUUCUCCAUCCCCCUCCCCACUCAGCCCCCUCCACAUGCCUCUCUUUUAGCCCCUCCCAGGCCGAGUUGGCAAGGAACCAGAAGGAAGUGAGAUCCCCCAGGAUGGUUUUGAGGUAGAGGUGACGUCCAGAAUGAGGAGGAGAACUGGAAGUCGGUGGCCUAGUGUGGGCAGCCCAAGCUCCUGCUUCAAUGGAUUCUCCUGACAAAACGUGGCGAGGGGCCUCGUGUGCGCGCAGCAGUCGCUCUGGCAGGUGUUGAGGAAUGCUCUGGGUGCGUUUGUCUCUGAAAUAUUCCAGCUUCAGAUGCUAAGCCCUCCAGAAAGCGUCAGCUUUCCUCCGAACUCGCUCCCCAGCUCUCUCUUCUGUCCUGUUGCCUUUGGUAUGAAGAUUUCCAGAACAAAAGCCCCCCUCCCAGAAUACCGCCCCCAGAUGUUGGAUGCGCCGAUUGUUUCUGGAGCAGUCAGUCUGCAAGGGAGGCACAGGUUGCGCGGGGGGGCCAGGGAUGGGUUGUGACCGUGAGACACUCCCACUGCCCCCUCUGUUCAGUUUGAGACUCGCUGUUGAAGGAAGCUAGCCUGCAAACGUCCGAUGAUCGGGAUUUAUUCAGCGAAUACUGUGAACUGCAAAAAUGCUGCAAAGCCCAUUGUGGUCCCUCUAUCUGACAUGCGAGCACUUUAAAUUUUAUAGAAAUUCACUGUUACAGGUGUUAGGUGACUGACUUUUUGUGUGUGUGUGUGGGUGGGGUGUUCAGCGACUGACAAUGAAUGUACAAGCUGGGAGAUGGGCUGUUGGUGUUCCCAGGCGGAACAGUGUGAGCCGGCUGUGUGUUGUCCGGGGUUGUCUACCCAGCUGGCGUGUGCCUGAUUCUCCUCUCUGGUGUUUUUUACUUGAAGACCGCAGGAAACUGACCAAAGGGUGUGAGAGUGACCGAGAGCUGCUUGUCCAAAACUCCAUGGGUGGUUUGAGUUGUCUGUCCCCUCCUUCCCAAGACGUCGGUGUCAAGCAGUUGGAAAAGUUCCUGGCUUCUCCUGGUGGGCCCUGAGUUCCUGGGUCCAUGACUCAGCCUCUAUUGAGGGGAGUGUUCCCACUCUUU